CACUUGUCAUCAGUGUCCAGACAGAAGAGCUGGGGAUUUAACACUUAAUGACAUUUUACCGGUGAAGCUGUACUGUAUAACCAACCUUACAGGUUUCACUUUUAAACAGCAUGAAGCUGUACAUCAUAGCAGCUGCCUGUCUGGCAGUGGUGAGCUGUGCCAGCAUCUCUCUGGAGGACCUGGAGUUCCACGCUUGGAAACUCAAGUUUGGUAAGAAAUAUCACACAGUUGAAGAGGAAGCUCAUCGUAAAGACAUCUGGCUCUCCAGCCGUCGCAGGGUCCUGGCCCACAACAUCCUGGCUGAUCAGGGCAUCAGCACCUACCGCAGGGGCAUGAACCACCUCUCAGACAUGGAUGACGAGGAGCAGCGGAACAUGGUCCUUCAUAAGAGUGCCAUGCUCCUCAACAACACCAAAGUCAUGGCCCCACAGCGUACGUACAGCUCUCGACAGAGAGGGGGCGCUAAGCUACCAGAAGCAGUAGACUGGAGGGAAGAGAACUGUGUGACACCUGUGAAGAUGCAGGGUAGCUGUGGAUCCUGCUGGGCUUUCAGUACAGCAGGUGCGCUUGAGUCCCACACCUGUAUAAAACAUGGCUACCUGCCCUCCCUGAGUGAACAGCAGCUGGUGGACUGCUCUAAACCCUAUGGGACUGAGGGCUGUAAUGGAGGCUGGAUGUAUGAAGCCCUGGCGUAUGUCCACGACAAUGGUGGUAUAGACACGGAGGAUGCUUACCCAUAUGAGGGAAAGGAUUCCGACUGUCGUUUUGACCCAUCCGGUGUGGGCGCGAAGUGCGACGGGUAUGUCACUGUCCCACACGGAGAUGAGCUGGCUCUGCAGGAGGUAGUGGCCACCGUGGGUCCUGUCACCAUAGCCAUCGAUGUUGUCCAGUCCUUCUAUGAAUAUGAGUCUGGUAUCUAUGAUGAGCCCCUGUGCAGCCAAACUAAAAGUCUGCAUGCCAUGCUGGUGGUGGGCUACGGAAGUGAAGGUGGGCAGGACUACUGGCUGGUGAAGAACAGCUGGGACACCAACUGGGGAGAUAGUGGCUACAUCAGGAUGUCAAGGAACAAGAGCAACCAGUGUGAUAUUGCAACCUACGCCUACUACCCAGAAAUGUAGUAUGC